UCUUCUUUAUUAAGGCGUCCAAAAGAUCAAUGUGCGUGUAGUGGUGAAGUAGAAAAUCGCGCACGCUGUGAUGAGCUGACCAAAAAUCUACUGUAGGAAUAGGUCCCAAGAGAUUUUGUCGGGCACAGAAAAAAGUAACCGGCACGUUAGAAAGUGGACAAGAUACCCUUGAAUGCUGUGAAAAAUCAACGUAAGGAGAAAGGUAAAAACUGUGUUAAGCGCACGCGUUUGAAACGAAAACACGGUCUUGAGAGACCUGCCAUUAAUGUUACGGCUUACAGGCAUCGAAGUCUGCUUGAGAUCGAUCAUUACUGUAGUAGUGACGUUGAAACGAUUCUCCAAUAGAAUAAUUCUGCUCUUUCAUCCGAAGUUCGGUGAAUCAUUUGGUGAGAGCUCAAUAACGGCUGUGGUGCACUCAAGGCGGAUUUAAACAAUCAACUAAAUGAUCUAAACGCUUGUGGAUAAAGUGAGUGUGGUUAAUAUUGUCGAAUACCGUUGAAAACUUUACGCCUCUUAAUGCACGAAGGAUCAUACUGAGUAACUCAAAGAGGAAACUAGAUUUUUCUUUCGAGGAUGUGAAACGAUCACACAUCAGCAUUGAGUUAGAGUGAUGUUUAAUGAUCUGAGCGCCUUCAUACAUGAGGAUGAUCCAGAAGGAUUUUGAAGAGCUCUAUGGGGCCCCUCUGCGACUGGACGCCGGGUCUCCCCCUGAUUAUGCUGACAGACAGCUAUAUGGCAUUAAUUUUAAAAGUUCGUACGUGGGCGAUCCACACGGCAACGACCCCAUUUGUGCAGUGGAAACAGCCACUGCGGAUCAGACAGCCGCGCAUUUUGCUCCUCACCGUGAGGUGUUGCCUGCUGGAGAAGGCCACGCGGCCGCGAGCCCACUGCACGGUCCUCAACCUGUAUCUUCAAGGCAUCCGCCCGAACGACUGGCCGAACAAGUGCCAAACCAUGUAGGCAUUAUUCCUUUAACUAGUCCACCGUACCACUCGUUACAAUCCAUCCAAAGCCUUCCUCACCUCCAUGAACCGUAUCACGCACCUACAGUGGCAACCAUUGUCUCCAAUGGCGAUGUCUACUCCCAGCUUAAUUCCGACACACGUUCAGGCGUUCUCACGGACUAUCCUGGGGCAGCUUAUGACGCUUCAUAUUAUGAGAAUUCCCCGUACACUGACAUGGUUAGCCCGCCACCGAUUACUUCGCAUUCUGAUGUUAAGCCUACCGAAGAGGAGCUCUGGCAUUUCCGUCAAAGGAAGGAAAAUACUCAGCCGUACGUUUCCAGUUGUUGUGGGCCGUAUGACAGCCCAACACAGAUAAUGAUGACUACAAAUGCCGGCGGGCUUGUAGCUGGUUCGGAUUUCGAGCCGCAGCCAAGCACUAGUCAUGACAAUACCAUCGCCCCCCUAGCAACACCAACCGAGGACCGACGGGAGUCCCCGCAGGGUCCAACGAAAGCUGGACGGCCGACGCGGAUAAAGCGCGAACCGUUAUGCAGUGAAAGCAGUGUGGGCAGAACCGCCCCUGAUGAUCUGGCACGCCGUCUUCGAAGGCGGGAACGAAACAAGGUCGCUGCAGCCAAAUGCCGAAGCAAAAAGAAACGGCAACAGGAGCAGUUAACUAAGGACCAUAUCUAUACCCGUCACCAGAACGAGGCGUUGCAGCGUGAAGUAGCCAAUCUGAAGGCCAAAGUGCAGGAACUCCGUGACCAGUUGACAAACCACAAUUGCUGUUUGAUCGGAGACGGUCAAACAUCUAUCCCGGCCUCCGUUCCUGUCUCAACGCCUCCAGUAGCGCCCAUGGCCAGCGCGGCCGUAUCAACCCCAACUUCCCUCGGUUAUUCAACAGGGAUUGGGAACGCAGCUGGCAGAAAUGACAUGCUUCAUCAGCAUCCGACACAAGAGCAGAUGGCGGGACGGAACAACUUCUCGACGCAAAAUACAAACCAACAUCAUCCUCAGCAGAGUCCGCAGUCUCAACAGCUGCAGCCCGACAGACAAGUCUGGCCAGUACACGACAAUCCUUGGGGAGGAUCGAUGAUGGGUUAACAGUACGCCUACCACCGGUCUUCGAAAGUCAGUGACUGCCUGAAUACAACAAAUUUGCAAACAAUAAUAAUCUCGAAAAAUGCAUUAGUCAGCAAGAACGGCUUCGGCACCAACAGCAGGACUCUCUUUCUCACAUCAGUUCUGCUCACAAUCGCGUAGCUCUGGAUGCUGCAAGCACGGAACAAUAUACCAUCUGUACACCUGUCAUAUACAACACAGUUGUUCGUCAAAACUAAUUAUUUAAUUUGUGUCUGGAGAACGAAUGUGGCAUUGCAUAGCCUAACAUCAAGCUUUAAUUGAUCAGAUGGCAAAUGAUUAAUGAAAACCCAUAGGCCGCUAACAUGACGUGGUCACAACAUAGCACAGUCGCUGUCGACAUUGUGAUCAGCUGUAAAUCAAACUCUGACUUUGAAAUUGAUCACUGAACUACUGAUUAUUAUCAGCGCUAGAGUCUAUGAAGAUUCUACUGAAGCAUGAUGUCAGGCGGACAUGGUUACUACUAAUGUUUUUCAAUACAAUGGAAGAACUCUGAUCUUAGAUUAGCUUGCACUCGAAGAACACACAACAUGACUCGAACAUAAAUGGGCUCAUAUAAAAACGUAGAAGUCGUAAUAUAUGCUUAACCAGAACCUGUAUAGGCAGCGUAGCUUCUGCAAGGGCGCCGCAUCGAUUUCCUACGGUGCCGAAAACGAUCGACUUGUUAUGGGUGAUAAACAUGUUUCUAAUAAAGGGAAAACACCAAAAAAACAGUAUAUAGACUUACGACGAGCGCAUUUUUGCGUGAUAAGUUUACGCGCGUGAUAAGGUAAGCAUAUGUGGAAAAACAACUUAACCUCUUCUGUUUUAUCGUGUCGCCGGCCAUGUGUCUGCUGCUUCAUUUUGCAAUGUAGAUUGGACGCACAGGACAGGUGCCCAGAUAAUGACCACCGUAAUAGAUAAGCAGAAAAAUUGUUUUGUUUACUUUAAAUUUUUUGCUUGUUACUGUUAUGGUUAUAAUUUUGAUCACCUUUGUUAUUGUUUGUUGUUAGUGUUUAACUAUUUUAUUUGUAAAUAUGGUUGCCACAAAAAAAAGAUGUCAACUGGAGUACAAUCUCAACAAGGAUGGAGGAAGUCACAGCGACUUCAGCCAGUCGUAACCUGUUCAAUACGUGUACCCAUAAUCCAAGAAUAUUGUUUAACACAUCUACGGGCAAAUAAUUUGCUAGGUGAAAAGGAACUUCAAGUUUAUGAAAUCAAUAAAGCAGCUAAAAAAGUAGGGGUCAAAUCAGUACACCUUCUGAUUGGAUUCAGGACAAGGAAAGAACAUACCUGGCAAUAGUAGGACGUAAAGCCAAGUGAAAGGGUCGAACACUUUUCGUUUCCGAUAGAACAUUUCAAUUUUGCUCAGAAUCGAUAAAAAAGAAAAGCAUGAUUUUAGAUAUUCUGUCUGGCAAGGAUUGGAUAGCGGCGAUUUCACUGUUGAACGAAUGAUGUUGUGUACAGAUCACACAUAUUUAGUCAUUUAUUUACCAUCUUAUUCUAUUAAUGUAUCAAUAUAGUUGUAUAUAGUUGUGUAAACAAUUACAUAGUGGUCGUUAAAGAAAUCUAUUAUAAACAAGGGGACGGUCAUGGAAAACAAAACAAGAAAAUAUUUCCUUCAACGUUGCGUCGUUACCUACAAAGUAUUUUCUAUUAUUCUAAAUUAUCAUGACCUUUAUCAAUCAUAGUAAUGAUCAGUCUGAUUACUAUCAUUAACGCAAGUGUUUGAUUAUUUUCAAGCUCAGUAGAGCAUCACUAUUACUUAUGAGCGCCAAUGAUUGAUUGAUCGAUCGAUGCAUGCAUACUGUGCUAUAUUCAGUUGUUGAGAAAUACGAAAAAUAAAUAUGGCAGAUUUCAAGUUUGAAUCAGGGAGAUGGUCAAGCGAGAUAGUUUUGUUUCUCUUAACUAUUGCACUCAACAUUCGGAGUCGUAUCAA